GUUUCUUUCUUAGACGUUUCCUACAUGUACAGUAAGGUUAUGGAUGCAUUGCAAGUAAGUGACAAGGUGUAUCAAUUUAGCUAAAUAAAAUGAGGACACGGAGUAUAAGUGUCGUAUGCUUUGGUGAGGAUUGUCUUAGGUAGUGACUCUGCUGGGUUUUUUCUUUGUUUUUGAUCCAUGAGGAAAGCCCAACUAUUGAGCCCAUUGAAAGUCUUCUUUUGACUUUCUAUUUUGGGAGCUAAUAAUAAAAAGAGGGUCAACCACUAUCUCAAAUACAAGGACAGAAAGAGAGCAGCUGAUAGAGAGAGAGAAAAAGUCAUAAAAACAUGAGCUGAAUGCUCAUCCAGUUUUUCAGCAGGCAGCAACAGAAAUGUUUUCGUUUCCCGGAGAUUGAACCGUUAGAUCGUCCUGAUUUUUGGACAGCUGCUUCACAGCAUCUGGGCAAACAUUCUGGACAGUGGAGAUUGGGUUUUGAGGCUUGGAGGUCAGGUUUCAUUGGUCUGGACAGUAACUAUUUUUCUGGUUCUUACUUCCAAGGAUAUGAUGAUUUUGUAUGCCUCUAGUAUUAUCUAGAGAAGACUUUGUACUGCUCCUUUGAUGAUGAUAGUGGAUUUAAGCGGCCAAAAUUUCGGUGUCUUUAUGUGGUGUGUGCUUACUGUUUUAUCUGAUUAUAUUGGUGUGUGGCAGCAAUAUUGUGUGUGUUCUAAUUGCAUUAAGAACACCCUAUUUGUUUGCAUCGUCAAAGGUUCAUUCAAGUUGGGAAAGUUUAGCCAAACGAAAAUUAUUCCGCAUUUUAUUAGUUACCGUUUGUGGCUGUUUUUCCCUUCAAACUCGAUCCAAAUUGAUAAAGAAAAAGAGUAUUUGAGAAGAGUGACAUACAGUAGCCUGAAUUGUUCGUUGCUUUCACUUUGUAACUUCAAUGAAAUUUGUUUCACCUUCUGAAAUUUUUUAGCAUCUCUGAAGUUAGAUGCGUAGUUCUCCGUAAG